UCUAUCUUCAUUCGAUGUUCGUCUGUCGUUUCGUAAAAAAGGAUAACAGUUCGUAACAUAUGUUUAAUAAAAAGUUCUUAUUACCCGUUUAAUAAAAUGGCAAAUUUAUUUAAAAGUUUAGUGAUAACUGUGCUUAGUUGUGCUUUCGUAGGCACAGAUAAACCUUUAAAAUUCUACCAGGAAAAGAAUUUCCACGAGGCGCAAGAGUUGAGUGACAACAACAUCAGGGCAAUAUCAAAACUGUCCGACAAACAGCAGUUUAGAACAGUACUCGACGAAAUAUUGAUACCAAGAGUGGUCGGGACGCCUAACCAUGACAAAGUGGGCGAUUAUAUAGCCAAUCAGAUGAGGGGACUGGGCUGGGAUGUCUCCGAGGACGUGUUCCCCGACCAUACGCCUGUGUUCGGUACGCUCAACUUCAGAAACAUUAUUGCGAAGCUGAACCCCAAUGCUGACAGGUACUUGGUGUUGGCAUGCCACUACGACAGCAAAUAUACGAGGGAGCACGUAUUUGUCGGGGCGACAGAUUCCGCUGUGCCCUGUGCUAUGAUGAUCAACUUAGCCGCUGUGAUGGCGAAACAGAUGGAGCAUUUAAAGAAUUCUUCUCCAAGCCUCAUGUUCAUAUUCUUCGACGGAGAAGAAGCGUUCAGGCACUGGGGGCCUAAAGACUCUAUAUACGGCGCGAGGCAUUUGGCCAAGAUGUGGCAUGGAACACCGUACAGGGACGGUGCGAAUCAUUUGCAAAGGAUGGACGUGCUAGUUCUACUCGACCUGCUCGGCACGCCAGACCCAGUGUUCUACAGCUACUUCAAGUCCACUGAGAACUGGUACGUCCGCUUGGCGUCCGCAGAACAGAGGCUCGCAGAGUUGGGCCAACUCUCCGGAUACUCGCAGGGCAGAGCGGAACAGACGUACUUCAGACUAGAAAGUUCCAAUGCCGUUAUCGAAGACGACCAUUUGCCGUUCAUGAGAAGAGAUGUCGACAUUCUCCACAUCAUACCAAACCCCUUCCCAAAGGUUUGGCACACCGCGCGCGACGACAUGUCCGCCCUGGACUUCAACACCAUCGAUAAUCUCAACAAAAUCUUCCGCGUGUUCGUGGCUGAAUACCUACACAUAACCCCCUAGCGGCGCUGGUUUUACGGGAUAGCCGUCGUAUAACGCAAUGGACUAUUCAAGUUUUCGACCAUUUAGACUACCGAGUGCCAAGUGUGACAUUUUCUACCUACGUUUUCCUAUUCGAUUGCCUGAAAGUUUUAAGUACGAUUUAUAUGGUAUCGAAAGAGCGCCAUCUAGUGAAAGAACGUUUUCCAAGUAUUGAAACUAGAUGACGCUCCUUCGAAACCCUGCAAAUUAAUUUUUAUUUCUCUUCCGGCUUUGUACUAAUUAGCCAAAGUCAGGUGUAUAUAUAUUAAUAAAUGUUAGGGAAACUUAAGAUAUGAAAAAUCAGGAGAAAUUGACUGACAAAAAGGGCGGGAAACUUCGCACAAUGCGGACGCCAAAAUACCUCCUCAAACUUACCAAAGCGUAAAGGACUGGUGUCGUUUAUAAUGUACAUACCGCAGUACCAGCGCCACUCUCACAGCUAGCCUGCAGACAAGCAACUCGCAAAACAAAAAAAAUCUAAAGAUUGUUAAACUAUAAAAUGAUGUUGGAAAAGAGCAAUCUGCUGAGUUUCUUGCCGGCUCUUCUCAGUGGAAUCUGCCUUCCGAACCGGUGGUAUAGCCACUACAAACAGACUGACUUGACGUUUCAAAAGUGCUUAUAAACUAGGCCUACUUGAAAUUAAUGAAUUUUAAAUAUUUUAAAAGAACUCACCCAUACAAACAGCCAAGCUCUAUGAGAAUGACACCAACACCACAAGUUUAGUUCUUUUUGUGUGUCAGUUGCAAGUGUCGUUUAUGCGAGUUCAGUACGUUUUGCAUGCAAGUUGCAAGUGUCUUUUAUGCGAAUUUAGUAAGUUUUGCAUUUCAAGUGCAAGUGUCGUUAAUGAAAAAAACCGCGUCCGCCAUGCAGAAAGCCUCCCGCCUUUUUUUUCAAAAGUAUGAUAUAUAGUAAUGAAAGAGCGACAUCUUGUGACAGAACGUUUUCCUAUUAUCCUAACUGGCGCUCCUGCGAUUCUAUAUAAAUCGCAGUUGACUUUUACGCGAUCUAAUAAUUAAAGGUAGCUUAGGUAGACAUUCUUGGCCCUGAUCUCUAUUUUUAUCACUGGUUAUAUUGUUACAUUGUUGUCACUGGUUUUGUUUUAAAUUUUAGCUCUGUCAAUUGUAUUUCUAGACGAAUCACACGUUAUGCUUAUUUCUGCCGCCAAGCAAAAUUACAGCUGUCAUUUAUGUACAGCAAGUCCAGCAAGUGGUAUUAAAUAGAGAUCAGUUAUUUGGACUUUUGGAAAUUUUACGAAUCACAUGUACCUACGAGCGCAUUUUUUAAAUUUAUAACUUGAACGCAAUCACAUCCAUAAGUAAUGAAUGCAGCCUAAGUUGCUUGAAAUUCACUCUUGAUUUGUAACUUUUUUUUUAUUCGACUGAAGUUAGCCCUUGACUGCAACCUGUUAGGGGUUUGUCAGUUAUGUUAGACAUAUACCCCUAAUAGUUUUCUACGUGGCAUCGUACCUAAACGCUAAAUCGCUUUGCGGCACGUUAUUGUCAGUAGAGUGGUAACUACUAACUCUGCCAAACAGUAUUACAGUACAGCUCAUGUAAUAGGUGAUGAGGCGAGGUGAAAUGGAAGACGAAAAAACAUUCCAGUAGGCCUAAAAUGCGCGCCAAGAGAUUAUAUUCGUCCUAUUCGUACGUCCUAUUUCCAUGAGAUAAAACGGGGAAAUUGGUAGAUAUAAUUAUAUUGUGGCAUCUUAGCCAUACAGAUCCUAACGAUGGUACGCAGGUUGGUAAAAAGGUUAUAGAGAACUAUAUCAAGUAUUUCUUGAAACUACCCUCCGAAACAUAUUUCUAGUUUUUGUGGAUAGAGAACGCGUUUGAGAUCCGGGAGAUAUGAUUGCCUUUGAUAUUAACUGGUGAAUUGGGGCGUGCGUCUGCGGGGAAAACCCGCAUGUUAUGUACCUAUCUGGGGAAGUCUCGCGUGCGGUGUAUCGAAGAAUCAAAAUGCGCUCUUUGUAAAAUGUUUUGUGUAUACUCAAUAUUUAAUGUGAUAUGUGCGUUAUUAUAAAAUAAGCUUUUUUGCAUUAAUCUUAAAACGUAUUUUUAUGUAGAUUGUUAGAUUUUAUAUUAAAACGAAAACAGCUUCAACAUCACCAAUUUAUUGCACUCAUCGAGAGAUUUUAUUUUAUUUCUUAUAGAUUAUUAAUUAUUUAAAGUUUACUUACGUACCUAUGCAAUGUUUGAAAGCGAUUAUUCACACUAAGACAGUGUAGAGUUCACUACAAAAAAUAUAUAUAAUAAGUAAAUAAAGUACAAAAUAAUUUCUUGCUUUACCAAAAAUAUUACACAUAAUUAAUGUAAUAUUACACAUAUUAGUAAUGGUAAAGCAGUGGUUGGUUUUGACAACCCAAUUGAAGAUAAAAGACCGACACGCGCAUAGUACCUACGCUAUGCGACGCGUACCUAAUAAAGUGACGGGAGUAACAUGAUUUUAAUUUUGCAUGUGACGUUAGGGUGAUCUGGUUUCUUUCACUAAAAAUUUUGGCAGUGGUUUACUCAAAAACAAUUAGUUUUUCGGUUCUCAUUAACACGUUGUAUAUUAUUUUUAAAUCAUCAUUUGAUACUUUAAUAAGUUUAUAAGCAGGGUUCAUAAAAAUCGCAUAGGUUUAACAAAUAUCAAAAAUUCUGAUAUUUUCUUCGAAUAAAUAAUAAAUGAAAUAGUAAAUAAUAAAAAUAAUUGUGGGAUAUAUAUGAAUUUUAAAUAAAAAGUGUAGAAAGAAUUGGAAAUCGAUUAUUCGGGAGGUUAAUUAAAGUUCAGUAACGCUCAAACGUAGUUAAAUCUUACAUUCGUUAAACUGUCGAAGGUGUGGCUGGAAAUAAAAAGGUAAUUAUAAUAAAAAGUUUUUAUUAUAAUUACCUUUUAGCAUGUAUUACUGAGCGAACGUAAAACCAUUCGUGUGGUGUUUAUAUAAAAAUACUAAUAUGUACUAGUUUCUCCUCCAAUGUUUUAUAAAUAUAACCUCCAAUGUUUUAUAUUUGUAGUAAUAAGUAAAGUAUAUAUACUUUACUUAUUACUACAAAAAAACUUUUUAUUAUAAUUACCUUUUAGCAUGUAUUACUGAGCGAACGUAAAACCAUUCGUGUGGUGUUUAUAUAAAAAUACUAAUAUGUACUAGUUUCUCUUCCAAUGUUUUAUAAAUAUAACCUAAAAUAAACAAUUUAAAACUAAAUAAAAUCUAAAACGUCCUCGAAACCACCGCAGCGAGGCGCAGUUCCUAAGAUGCUGGCAGCAUUGCCCCUUUGGAUGGCCAAACGAAUUCGUUGACCAAGGUAACUGCCCGCUCUAGGAUCACCGGUAGACUCGAUAAAUCUUCUCCUCCAAUGUUGAAUUUGAUUUAUCAUAAUAUAUUAUGAUCGAACCCUGAUUAUAAGUUUAGCUUCGUUUUAAAUAUAUAUUGUAGCGAUUACAGGGCGAUUUUAUUAUUUUAAAAUACGCUUCUAGCAUUAAGUUUUUAAGUACUUAAUAUCAUUAGAUAAUUUUAACUUUAAGGUUGUCUAUUAUUGUGAUAAGCAGAAAGUUUAUUGUUUACUCUGUCGGUUUUGGUAAUUCUAAAAUUUAAUUAAUCUGGUAUUGUUUAUUUUUUUCUUAAAAAAAACUUGCAUAUUUGUUCAAAAUUCUUCAGAUUAUACACG